AAGAGUAAACCAAAUAACUGCCCAUAUUUGAUUUGUUUACUCGAGAGUCGAAAAUUAAAUAAAAAAACAUCAUCAAUGAUGACAAAUUGUCAGUUUUUUCUGUUCAUACAGAAUCUACCAAGAAUAACUUAGUGUACUCAGAUUACUUUAUGUUUAAUAAGUUUUUGUUUGCUAUGUUAUAUUCAGUCACGUUCGUAAUCGCAGUUUCCGUGUAUUACAUAUUUUAUCAUUGAAUAUCUGCUUUGCCUGCUUGCCUUUAUUGACAAUGUAAGAGUCGAUAUUUUGAAAUGGUUACUAUUAUGACGAAUUCAUUUUUUAUUCUUAACGUAUGUCCCUCAUUAAAUGAAUGAAAUUAAUGUUGUAUCAGUUUUACCCGAGUCUUAUGAAGAAAUUGAGUUAUGUAAAGAAGAAAAAGAUAUAGGUGAUGAAGACUUAAAAAACAAUUUAAUAUUUGAUAAUGUUUUUAAAUGUUUGCGGUGUGAACAAAUAUUUGGAACUGAAUAUGAAUUUCAUGAUUGUGUUCCUUUGCCGUUAAAUAUCAAAAAACAAACAAAACUGAAACGUGUUUUCAAAUGUUCAAUUUGUGAUAAGCAUUACCAUUUUCCUUCAUUGGCUGUACUUCAUUUGCGCCGUCAUCAAAAAUAUAGUGCUAGUAAAUCAGAUAACUCCUGUAAAGAUUGUGAUACCAAGUUCAAUACAGCAAAAGAGUUAAAAGACCACAAUGAAAAAGUACACAAUAUUAUACAACACCAAUGUACAAUUUGUGAUAAACUGUUCAAACAGUCUAGAAAUCUUCAAUAUCACUUAAUGAGCCAUUCGGGGGAUAAACCAUUUCAGUGUGAACUAUGUGGCCAUAAAUUUACUAGAGCAGACCAUUUGGCACGACAUCGUAGAGACAAUUGUGAUCAAAUUGAGUUUCAAUGCGAUUUGUGUGGGAAAAUAUAUAACACAAAGAGGGGUGUAAGAACACAUUUAAAAAUCCACUAUGAAAACCCAAAACCUGAAACUAAAUGGGCGUUAUAUACAGAAUUUGGACAAAAGUAUUAUGAAUGUACGUUGUGUAAUAAAACAUUUACGCAGUUCUCUAGGUUUAAAGAGCACAUACGAACACACACAGGAGAAAAACCGUUUGAAUGUCAAAUAUGUAGCAAAAAAUUUACUUGUCAGUAUAAAUUAAAAAUGCACGGUGACGUACAUACUAAUGAUAGGCCGUAUAAAUGUGAUCAUUGUGAAUUGAGCUUUAAGAAUCGCCGUUACCUAAAUAAACACUUGCGUAAGCACGAUGACCAGAAACGGUACCAAUGUCAAAUUUGCGACAAACAGUUUCAGUGGUAUAAUAGUUUAAAAUAUCAUUUGGCUUCGCACACAGGCGAUAAACCGUAUGCUUGUGUUGAAUGCGACAAAUCGUUUGCCCACCUCAGCACCCUCGUAACUCAUCAACGCACUCACAGCGGAGAAAAAAACUUUGAAUGUAAUAUUUGCAAUAGAAAAUUCGCUCAACCGAGCACUUUAAAGAACCACCUUAUAACUCACAGCGAAGAAAAGCCUUACAAAUGCCACUUAUGCCCUGCUCAGGUUGCUACAUGUACAUCUUUGAAAACUCAUUUGAGUACUCACGGUGGACAUUAUCAGUGCAGCGUUUGUGGUGGUACAUUUUUUCAAUUUUCUAACCUGAGAUGUCACGAACGCAAAGUGCAUGGAAAAACAGAUUUUUACAACUGUGGCGCUUGUGAGGAAAAAUUUAGUUCUAAAAUUCAAAUGAAAGAACAUUUAAGGCUAGUACAUAACAUUCAAUUAUCAAAAACUGUUACGGUUUUUGAACAACUUUGUUGAACACAAUUUAUUAUAUUAAUUAAAUUUGUUUUAAUUUUUUUAUAAUUAUUUUACAUAGUUGUAAGAUUUUUACAAGGUUAAUUAUUGGUAAAUAUUUUGUUAAUUUUUUUUAAACACUACCUAUUAUUGUUAAAGUUGUAGUAAUUAAAAAUGCUAAAAAAUACAUUUAUAAUGAAUACAAAAAUACUAUUUAUUUAGUAAAAAGAAGGUUAAAACCCCUAUACAUCUA